CAUCUCUGCCAGCGGGGAAACUGGGUACAAAUGGCCCUAGAGAAAUCCUAGAGAAACAGGACGCGAACAGCCCCUUCAAUGAACAGCCCCCUGACCAUGAGUCAAACAAAGAAGAAACAUUCCCCAGAAGAUGAGACUCAACCCCAGAUUUCAUUUAUCAAGAAGUUCUUCAGGGGCUCAAAACCCAGGGCAGCCAAAGCAGAAAGCCCAAGAGAGAGCAAGGGUACUGAGAACAACACUGGUCAACCCAGCCGUGGGGCACCAGAGACAAGCGCCGCAGACCCGGCUAAACCGAAGCCUCUCAGCUCAGAAACGGAAGGCGAGUCCAGGGCCGAGAAGAACGAGCAGUUCCUGCAGAAGCUGGUUGCCUUCCUUCCAUUUCUCCCCGACUUGGAGGAAUUGGACAUUUCCUGGAAUGACUUUGUCAGCGGAAGCCUCUACCUCAUCGCCCCGAAGAUGCAUGUUGUCAGCAAGUUAAAAAUCCUGCGCCUGGGCAGCUGCCGCCUCACCGCUGACGAUGUGGGAGCCCUGGGAGAAGCCCUUAAAGUGAUCCCUGAACUUGAAGUGCUAAAUUUGUCCUGGAACAGAAAAGUGGGAGGGAACUUGCCUCUGAUCCUCCAGUCGUUCCAAGAAGGGAGCAAGAUACAAACCCUUGACCUUGUGGACUGUGCCCUCACUUCAGACGAUGGAGCGUUUAUGGGUCAGCUGCUACCGAUGCUGCAAAACCUUGAAAUACUUGACCUUUCCUUGAACAGAAACAUCUGUGGUAGUCUAAAUAGUAUUGCUCAGGGAUUAGAAAGUACCUCAAAUCUGAAAGUAUUGAAAUUACAUUCGUGUGGACUAUCACAAGGCAGUAUCAAAAUAUUGGAUGCUUUCAGACACCUGUGCAACCUAAGAAAACUGGACCUGUCCUGCAACAAGGAUCUGGGCGGAGGGUUUGCGGACGCGCCAGCUCACAUGGCCACGCUGAAGCACCUGCAAGUCCUCAGUCUCCGCCAGUGCUCCCUGACAGCAGACGAUGUGACGUGGCUGACCCAGGUCAUUCCUUUGCUCUCAAAUCUUGAAGAACUGGAUUUAUCCGCCAACAGAAAGAUGGGCAGUUCUUCUGAAAACCUGCUCAGCAGGCUCCGGUUUCUACCCACGUUGAAGUCUUUGCUGCUCAACAACUGUGCUUUGGAAAAGGAAACCUUUACAGCUCUGGCUGAAGCCUGCAUACACCUGCCUGGGCUAGAAGUAUUCGACCUUUCUUGGAAUAAGUGUGUUGGUGGCAACCUGAGGCUCCUCCUGGAAACACUGGAGCUGUCACCCUCUCUUCGAGUGCUGAGACUGAGCAGCUGUUCCCUGGUGACGGAAGACGUGACUCUCCUGGCAUCACUAAUCCAGACGGGUCACCUGGCUAGAUUGCAGAAGGUGGACUUGAGCUAUAAUGACAGCAUCCAUGACGCAGGAUGGACCGUCUUCUGCCAGAGUGUGCAGUUCCUCACAGAGCUAACUGAGCUGGAUAUUAGCCUUCGGCCAUCAAAUUUCCGGGAUUGUGGACAAUGGUUUGGACCCCUGUUAUGCGCCAUGGCCAAACUUCCUGAAGUCGCUGAGAUAGGAAUGCAGAGAUGGGUUCUCUCAGCUUUGCAGAAAGAGGAGCUUGAAUGCUUCAGCCAGGAAGAGAAAAGAAUCAUUCGCUUUGACCAUGGUGGAUUUCAGUAG